AUGAAAUCUGUUCAUAUCCUCUCAAUUAUGCUUUUGGCUAUGCUCGCAGUUGCCUCUGCCUCUGGAAGCGCCUACUUCUUGUUCACCGAUGAACAUGACGAAUUUGUUAUCAAGCUCUCCGAUCCAGUCAGAAUUGCCGAAGCUCGUGAUAUUAUCGCUACCGGUUCGACCAAAGGUGUCAUGGGUAUCAUUGUCAAGCAAAGAGUCUGGUACAACUUCGAAUGGAAAUACUAUUUGGAUCCAUCGACCAUUACAUUCUUUGACUUUGCAAUGGAAGUUUGCGAUGCCUCCAUUGCCUACACUGAGGAGCAUCUUGCUGAAGUCGGUGGUGCACUACUUCCAAGAAACAGAUGGUGUCCAUGGCACUCACGUUUAGCGCCAACUAUUUUAACAGUCGAUUAA